AUGUGCAAUGAAGGCAUGGUGUCGCGUGUGACGGAGGACACAAGCAGCAGAGACAAACUGGCACACACGCCGUUCUUGUUGCCGACGUGGGCGAGCUGCAGACUUUGCCGUUCUAAGCUGAUGAUGAAGAGAGGUUGGCGAUGGAAAAAGGAGAAAAAAGGAGGGCAAUUGAGCAGGCGGCGGCGCCAGAAGCUGGCGGUAUUCGAGUUGAGCCAGCUGAAGGCCGGGCGGAUGUGUACGAGUUUGGAGAACCGUGAAUGGGUCAGAAUGAUCCAUUCGCGGCUAUUCGGGUCUAUCUGA